UUUGCACGUUCGAGCCCCAGAAAGGUCGCAUCAAUCUUGUUGCGUCGUCGUCAUGCUCCGCGCGACCAAGUCGACGCCGUUGCUGCGGUCCUGCGCCCGCGCGCUCUCUAGCGCCGCCGAGACGUCGGUCGCCAACAAGAUUGGGAAGAACGUCUUCGCCGAGUUCUCGGCGCUGGCGGCCAAGCACGACUCGCUCAACCUCGGCCAAGGCUUCCCAUCCUUUGGCACACCAGCCUUUCUCAAGGAGGCCGCCAUCGAGGCCAUUGCCGGCGAGCACAAUCAGUACACGCGGCCGGGCGGCAACCCGGGCCUUGUGAACGUGCUCGCCGAUGUCUACUCGCCGCUGUAUGGCCGCCAGCUCAACCCGCUCACGGAGAUCGUGACGUUCACGGGCGCGCAGGAGGGUAUCUUUUGCAUCUUCCUCUCGCUCCUCUCGGCCGGCGACGAGGUGCUCAUCCUCGAGCCGUACUUUGAUGCGUACAUCAACAUUGCCAAGCUGCUUGGCAUCACGACCGUGGGGCUACCGCUCGAGAUGGACGCAGCGACUAAAGACAAGUACAACGACAUGGCGUGCACGGACGCGUUCAGCUCCAAGGACCUCGUCUUGGACCUCGCCAAGCUCGAGGCCUCGAUCACGCCCAAGACCAAGAUGCUCGUGCUCAACACGCCGCACAACCCGACCGGCAAGGUCUUUAGCCGCAACGAGCUCGAAGGCAUUGCCGACAUUAUGCGCCGGCACCCGGACAUCAUCAUAUUGUCGGACGAAGUCUACGAGUUCAUGUGCUUUGAGGGCACGCCGCACGAGCGCAUCGCGACCUUCGACGGCAUGUACGACCGCGUCAUCUCGCUCUUUAGCGCCGGCAAGACCUUUUCGUGUACGGGCUGGCGCGUCGGGUAUGCGAUCCUGCCGCCCAAGCUCGCGCUGCCCGUGGCCAAGACGCACAGCGCCGUGCCCUUCUGCGGCGCCCUUCCGUUCGAGCUCGCGGUCGCCAAGGGUUUCGAGGUCGCACGUGCGAAUGGGUACCUCGACGAGCUCCCGCGCAUCCUCGAGGCCAAGCGCGACGUCAUCGUCGACGCGCUACAGGCCGCCAACCUCAAGCCGAUCGUCCCGGACGGCGGCUACUUUGUGACGUGCAACGUCUCGUCGCUCGACGCGUACAAAGAGUUUGCAGCGUUUGAAGGCCGCGCAGACCUUGAGCCUGAGAUGCGGCCCGACUACCAAGUCGCUCAGAAGCUCUGCAUCGAGCACGGACUCACGGUCAUUCCAACGUCGCCGUUCUACACGUCGGUGGCGAACCAGCCGUCGCCGGCGCUGGUUCGAAUCGCGUUCUGCAAGGACGACGCGACGCUCACCAAGGCUGUCUCGAUCAUCCAAGGCUUGUAA